AUGUAUGGUAAUUUCUUGGCUGGAUCACAUGACACAAUUACCUCAAGAAUCGAUCAAGAUGUAUUGCAGGUCUGCCUACGUUUCCGAUUUUUUCUCCCUGGCGGGGUCUUUCCACGCGCCUGUGGUGCUAUAGAUGGACAAAGUUUAACACAGCCAGGCUGCCAAUUCCUCUCCUCUGUUGCAAAGAGGAAGGGAAGAAGAGAUAUGACGGAAUACGAUGAUCGCAGCUGUGCGUCAAAUAUGUAUUUACCGAGCUGCACUUAUUACGUUUCGACGCCCGAUUUUACAUCAGUCUCCUCCUUUUUACCGCAGACUACUUCGUGUCAGAUUAAUUUCCCCUAUUCACCCAACAUAGCCCAAGUCCAACCUGUUCGAGAAGUCGCUUUCAGGGAUUAUGGACUGGACCAUCCCAGCAAAUGGCACUAUAGGGGCAAUUACGCAUCUUACUACUCAACGGACGAGAUAAUGCACCGGGACUUGAUCCAGUCCUCCGGCAGCAGGGCGGAUGUGAUAUUCAAAAACGAGUCCUUUUACGGCCACCACGGGGGGACCAGCUCGCCCUGCAAUUUCUUCACCGGUGUCGGCCGAAAUGGGGUUCUCCCCCAGGGCUUCGACCAGUUUUUGGACACUCCUAACUCGGACAAGCCCAACGCGGAGCACCCCAAACAAAAGACAGACUCUGCUGCUGCCGGAGAUGCUGCGAAUAACAAUCAGGCUUUAACCAAACUGGAGCAGCACAAAGCUGACCCGAGCGGGAGCGCCGACGAGGACUCAUCCUCCAACUGCGGCGACAAGAACAACCAACAGAGUUCAUCAACCAAGUCCAGGAAGAAGAGGUGUCCUUACACCAAAUACCAGAUCCGAGAACUUGAACGAGAGUUUUUCUUCAACGUGUACAUUAACAAAGAAAAGCGUCUUCAGCUGUCCAGGAUGUUAAACCUGACCGAUCGGCAGGUGAAGAUCUGGUUUCAGAACAGAAGGAUGAAAGAGAAAAAGCUGAAUCGCGACCGCCUACAGUAUUUCACUGGGAAUCCUUUAUUCUGAUACCUGACAUAGUUGUUGUACACACACACACACACACACACACACACACACACACACACACACACACACACACGGGAGCAAAAUAGGAGCCACACACACAUUUAAAAGACUGGUCCCCUCUGCAUAUUUGAUCCCUCAUCAUCCUGUUUAGACAAUUUAUUUUACAAAAAUCUGGCAAAACCAAGACGCCACUUUUUCUUUGUUUUCUCUUUAUUGCAAACAAUUCCUGCAUUUAUUUAUUUGUGUUCACAUGGUUUCGUGUUAUUGGCGACACAUAUUCCAGCAAAGCGCGUAAAAAACGCGUGGAAAUUAUUUAUAUAAACUAUAUGUAAGGCUUCUACCUUGUGUAAAUCCAUUUAUAAGACGCAUGUAAUGCACGUUGUGGUGUGAAAACUUAAAACAGACACGACAAAUGUUGUAUCAUAGUCACGAACCUUGUCACAUGAACUUAACCAAGUCCUUAAAUAACACGAGAAAAAGGGGGGAUUUUUUUUUCUCCAAAGAUUCAUGCAUACUGAAAUCUGACGCUUCGCAGGCCUGAUAAGUCCCGUCAUUUCCUUUGCUUUCAAACACUGGAUUGUUUACUAAACCUUGAACCGUCUAGACAGUAUAAUAAACAUAGCUGUAAAUGUCUAAAUAGGGGGCUAUUGCACUUUGGUGUCCCAACCCCCAGAUCACAAGAGCUCUGAUGCUCUUUCCUGUGUAGUUUCACUCCAGGCUACAAAUGUGUGGAGAAUACAAGACACUUCUGCGCAUCCCGUUUUAUAUUUAGCGCCUUUUGACACAUUGAAGAGCUUGUGUUGGUAGCUGGGAUACAAUGGAGGAUAUUCUAACAAGGACCGCCAUAUGAAAGGAUAAGUAAUUUUUGAAGUUAAUCUGCUGUUCUAGUGUUCUCAGUGCGCAAAAUGUUUCUUUGACGCCUUUAAAUCUGCUGCAAAGGAGAAAGAUUUCCAACUGUUGGCAAAAAAUGCGCGUUUCCAUGUGUAAUUAACGCAGGUGACUCAUUUCUAUCUGUGCGCAGCUCCAUUAUACAGUGACCUCAGGCUGCUUCACCUGAGCACUGUAGCUUGUAUCUUAUGAGUCGAUAAACGCAUCGAUUCCACACAAAAAGUCGCUUUAUUGAUCUUUAAUUUGAUUUUCUCUCCAGCAGCCAUCUCAGCCCUCGUUUAUGAAAUAAUACUUUGA